AUGGAACAAAUUCAGACAGACAUGGCAGAUAUUAGGGCUCAGAUAGGGACUACUAUGGGUCAAUUUUUGGAAGCUAUCCAAACCGUUACCAGUGGACGAGGAGAGUUAAGGCAGCCUGUUCAGAGGCCUGAUGUUACUGUUAAUCCAAGUGGCGUUCAUCAAAAAGUCGUCAAUCCUACCCAAGAGGUCCCUUUGAAUCAGAAUGUUAGAAGCGCUAUGCAAGUUCCUGUCAAUGAGGCUCCGCACCGUGAGAAUCUUUCUAUUUCGUCAUAUGAUACUUUUAACUUUCCAAUGGAUGAAGAUGAGGGUAAGCUUCGUCUUUUGGAUAAGAGAUUGAAAGCUGUUGAGGAUCGUGAUUGCCUUGGUUGGGAUGCUGCUAGUUUAUGCUUGGUGCCUGAUAUCAAGAUCCCUCCGAAGUUCAAAGUCCCCAACUUUGAGAAUUACAAGGGUACCACUUGCCCAAUGACACACAUCAAGGCAUUUUGCAACAAGAUGGCUCCUUACGCAGAGAAUGACAAGCUUCUAAUGCACUUAUUUCAAGAUAGUCUUAGUGGGGCAUCUCUUGAAUGGUAUACCCAGCUUGAAAGGACCAACAUCCGCACUUGGAAAGAUCUAGCCAAAGCCUUUUUCAAGCAUUACAAACAUAACAGUGAUAUGGUUCCUACCAGAAUUCAACUUCAGGGAGAAAGAAUUGAGCACGGUCUUAUGACUGGCAAGAUUCAGAACGCUGCUACUAAUUUUGAAUUCCCAGAACAAGAUGGUGAAGAAACAAGUACAAUUUCCGAAGUUGAAGAGAAAGAUCAUGCUUAUUCUCCAGUUCAGAUCCCUUGCUAUCAAAUGACAGAAAUUACUCCUGAUCAGGAUGCUCCACAAAUCUGUGCUGCAACUAUUAGCCAGCCACCAGUUCAAUUUGUGCAACAAGAGCCUGUUCUGUAUAAUCAAUCAGUUAAGUAUGCUCCGCAACAACAACAGAGAUAUAGACAAAAUCACCGACCACAGGGUGGGCAGAAUCAAAGAAGGCCAAGAAAGGUAUAUGAACCAAUUCCAAUGCCGCAUAGUCAGUUGCUCUCUCAUUUACUCCGAAAUUCUUUAGUGGAAUUAAAACAGCUUGGGCCUCCUCCUUUUCUCUAUCCUGAAGGAUAUGAUCCCAACGCCUACUGUGAGUUCCAUUCAGGGGCACCUGGCCAUUCGAUUGAAGGUUGCAACGUAUUCAAAGGCACAGUUCAAAACCUCAUUGAUUCUAAGGCAAUCUGCUUCACGCCAAACGGUCUGCGCAUAUAUUGA